GUGGAGUGAUCUGAUUGGCUUGGAAACUGUAGUGACGUGUCACAUGAUCGAAACAGGGAAAAGAGAGAGGAAAUGGCUGAUGUGUUCGGUGGUGUUGAAGGUGGUGGGACCCACUCUAAGGCGGUGUUGGUCUCUGAGAAUGGGAAGAUCCUUUCAGAGACCGACGGCCCAUCAACCAACCACUGGUUGGUGGGUGUUGACAAGUGUAUCGAGGAAAUCAACAACAUGGUCCAGAGAGCCAAGAAAGAAGCGGGGCUAAACCCAGACAUACCUCUCCGCUCUCUGGGAAUGUCUCUAAGCGGAGGAGAACAGAAAGAUGCUAUAGACAAGAUCAUCUGUGAGAUGAAGAAGAGGUUUCCUAAACUCAGCAGUGACUAUUACAUCACCACAGAUGCCAUCGGUGCCAUGGCAACAGCCAGCGACCAGGGAGGUAUAGUGUUAAUCAGUGGGACUGGUUCUAAUUGUAAGCUGGUGAACCCAGAUGGAAGUCAGGUCGGCUGUGGAGGCUGGGGUCAUAUGAUGGGGGACGAAGGGUCAGCGUUCUGGAUCUCCCACCUGGCAGUGAAGACGGUGUUCGAUGCCAAAGACAACCUGGCCACGCCCCCUCAUGAUGUCACUCACGUGAAGAAGGUCAUGGAGGAGUACUUCCAGGUAUCAGACUUGAUGGGGAUGCUCCCUCAUCUCUACAGAAACUUCCAGAAGUCUCACUUUGCUGGGCUCUGCCAGAAAUUAGCUUUAGGGGCUGCGGCUGGUGAUGCUCUGUGUCAACAUGUGUUCACCCAGGCAGGCAAGGUCCUGGCCCAGCACAUAGUGGCUGUGCUACCUAAAGCGCAACAGCCUCUGUUGACAGGUGAACUACCAAUCUUGUGUGUUGGAUCAGUGUGGAAGAGCUGGGAGCUGCUGAAGCCAGGUUUCACACAGGUCCUGGCGGAGUUGGCGUCCACGCAGUCCUUCAGGGGUCGUUUCCACGGUUACAACCUCCUGACCCUGAGCCAGUCAUCAGGGUCGGCGCUAGGCGGCGCGGGUCUCGGAGCGAAGAGCGUGGGCGCCACGGUAACGCUCAACUACGCCGACAACGCAAACGUCUUCUACAAACACUCCUUUUAACAGCAGCCGAUGAGGAAUCGCCUCAGGACGCAGCUAUAACUAGGGAAAAGUUUGGGAUCGUACCAAUAAUUAAGUGUUUGGGAUUUAUUUCACCAAUGGACUUGAUUUGAAAAAUGUAUGCACUCACUAACUGUAAGUCGCUCUGGAUAAGAGCGUCUGCUAAAUGACUAAAAUGUAAAUGUAAAAUGAUUUGAUUAGCUCUUGCUUCUUGUACUUCUAAUAACUCGCCACAAGAUGGUGCUCUUUAGCUAUCAAGCGCACCGCAACUGUCCAUCAUUGUACUGUGAAUCAAAAUACAUUAGCAGGAAAGAUUUGUAUGUUUAAUCAUCAUAAGAGAAUAUAUUCUCUGAGGUAUCUGUUUUCCAAUAAAUAAUGCAAUUAUGAAAUAUACACAACAUUUUAUAAUCUGUUUUGUAGUAAACAUUUGUGAAAAAAACGA